AUGGGCUUUUCUCUCUUCACGACCAAAGAACAAACCUCCGAGAGUGAUGAGCGAUCCGACCAUGCCAGCGUUAUCGAUGCUGGCAGUCUGCAAUACACGGCAGAGGGAGGAGCGAAUUCGUCCAAACUCACGUAUCAAGAGGCCAGUGGUGCUCCGAUCGAGGUUGAGUCGCCGUUGGGAUAUUCAGUCGGUGCCAUCACAGUUGUCUUUCUCAAUUUGAGUAAAAUGAUCGGAACUGGUGUUUUUUCGACGCCAUCAUCUGUUCUGCGAGGAGCUGGUUCAGUCGGACUCAGUCUGAUCUACUGGGUGAUCGGAUACCUGAUGGCAUUCAGCUCGCUGUGCGUUUAUAUGGAAUUCGCCUCGUAUUUUCCCAGUCGAUCUGGAUCUGAGGUCGUAUAUCUGGAACAAUCGUAUCCUCGACCGAGAUAUUUCUUUCCGACGGUGUUUGCAGUCCAGACGGUGAUUUUCUCUUUCAGCAGCAGCAAUGCAGUUGUGCUGGCUCAAUAUCUAUUUGAACUGGCAGAAUCAGACUAUACAGACUGGAAGCUCAAAGGAGUUGCCGUUGCUUCGUAUACAGUCGCAGUAUUGGUCUUGGUCUUCGAUACGAAAUGGUCGAUGCGAUUUGCCAAUGCAAUUGGUGUGAUCAAACUCAUCACGUUGAUUUUUAUCGCCAUUACUGGCCUGAUCGUACUCGGUGGCCAUACCGCCGUCAAAGAUCCCAAACUCAACUUCCGAAAUGCUUUCGAAGGCAGCGCAUCGGCAUCGGCAUACGGAGCCACGAAUGCUUUUAUGAAAGUCAUGUUUUCCUACGCAGGAUAUGAAAAUGCGUUCAACGUCGUCAAUGAAGUCAAAAACCCCAUCAAAACAUUGCGAUGGAGUGCCCCGUUAUCUCUCCUACUCACAGCCACUCUAUACAUCCUAGCCAUGAUCGGAUACUUUGCCGCAGCUUCGAAAGAGGAGAUCCUCAACUCUAGCGAAGUGGCUGCCAGCAUUUUCUUUCAAAAAGUGUUUGGGUCUAAUGGUGCAUCGAGAGCAUUGAACUUUCUCAUUUGUCUCUGCGCAUUUGGUAACCUGUUGGCUGUUUUGAUCGGACAAUCCCGGAUGUUGCGAGAGUGCGGACGGCAAGGUGUUCUCCCUUGGACAAAAUUCUGGACUUCAACCCGACCAUUCGGAACUCCAUUGGGCCCGUAUUUUAUCAAAUGGCUACUAACCAUCGUGAUGAUCGUGGCACCACCGGCUGGUGAUGCCUUUAACUUUGUCGUCGACCUAAGCAUGUAUCCCGCGAAUGCAUUCUACUUUCUCCUCGCCGUCGGACUCGUGAUUACACGAUAUCGCCGACAGAAGCUCAACAUUCCUCGCUCUGAAUAUCGCGCCUGGGAUAUCGCCGUCCUCUUCUCCAUUCUGUCCAAUCUCUACAUGCUGAUCGCACCGUGGUACCCACCUACGACCGGGGCCAACGGAGGCGAUGUAAGCUUCUGGUACGCGACAUACUGCGCUGUUGGACUUGGAAUAAUCGGCGCUUGUGCUAUUUAUUAUUUUGUGUGGAUUAAGAUCCUGCCUCGAUACGGUGGAUACGAAUACCGACAGAGUAUUUUGCAUCUGGACGAUGGAGCGACCGCACAUAGUCUGGUUAAAGUGCCGAAUGAUCAGAUUGCCAAGUGGGAUGAUGAACAUGAUGCUGCUGGUCGAUUGCGACAUAGAGUAGCGCAUAGUACGUCGAGUGAAGAGAAGUGAUAUUGUAUAUAGCAUAGCUUGAGUUAUGAGGCCAAAUAUGCAGGCAGUCAUCAUCUCCAAAACCCC